UCAGCUGAUAGAAAUCGGCAGUUGUCGACAACAAGUCUGAACUGCUCAGUCAUUGUUGUGUCUCUGCGUUUCUGAUUCUUCCCACUGUUACAAUGAAGAUGUUAUUGCUGUGUGUGUUCGCUGCCUUAGCCCUGACCAACGACGCGCUUGUUCGAAUUCCCUUAAAAAAAUUCCGUUCCAUCAGACGUCAGCUGACCGACUCUGGGAAGAGAGCAGAGGAGCUCCUGGCCGACCAUCACUCCCUGAAGUACAACUUUGGCUUCCCCGCCAGUAAUGCACCCACUCCAGAAACCCUGAAGAACUACUUGGACGCCCAGUAUUACGGGGAGAUCGGCCUGGGUACCCCCCCUCAGCCCUUCACUGUCGUCUUCGACACGGGUUCCUCCAACCUGUGGGUGCCCUCGAUUCACUGCUCCCUCUUGGACAUCGCUUGCUUGCUUCAUCACAAAUAUAAUUCUGGCAAGUCCAGCACAUACGUGAAGAACGGCACCGCCUUCGCCAUCCAGUAUGGAACCGGCAGUCUGUCGGGAUACCUCAGUCAGGACACAUGCACAAUCGGAGACUUGGCAAUUGAUAGCCAGCUUUUCGGUGAAGCCAUCAAGCAGCCCGGGGUUGCCUUCAUCGCGGCCAAGUUUGACGGGAUCCUCGGCAUGGCCUACCCCCGCAUCUCUGUGGACGGGGUGGCUCCGGUCUUUGACAACAUCAUGAGCCAGAAGAAGGUGGAGCAGAACGUCUUCUCCUUCUACCUGAACAGGAACCCCGACACAGAACCCGGCGGAGAGCUACUGCUGGGAGGAACCGACCCCAAAUACUACACCGGGGACUUCAACUACGUCAACGUCACCCGCCAGGCCUACUGGCAGAUCAGGGUGGACAAUAUGGCAGUGGGCGACCAGCUGAGUCUGUGUAAGGGGGGCUGCGAGGCCAUCGUGGACUCCGGGACGUCUCUGAUCACCGGCCCCUCUGUGGAGGUCAAGGCCCUGCAGAAGGCCAUCGGGGCCCUUCCACUCAUCCAGGGAGAGUACAUGGUGAACUGCGACAAGGUCCCAUCGCUGCCCGUCAUCAGCUUCACAGUGGGGGGCCAGGUCUACACACUCACCGGAGAGCAGUACAUCCUUAAGGUAACUCAGGCUGGAAAGACGAUGUGUCUGAGCGGCUUCAUGGGUCUGGACAUCCCUGCCCCCGCCGGACCGCUGUGGAUUCUGGGAGAUGUUUUCAUGGGGCAGUACUACACCGUGUUUGAUCGAGACGCCAACAGAGUGGGCUUUGCCAAGGCCAAGUAAACGCAUCCCGUGCUAGAGCAACACGUUUUUUUUAAUUCUGAGUUUUGUGAGACGAAAAUCUGAUCUGCACACUCUUUCCGUUGCUUUGGAUCCAAACCGUGUAUAGCAAUAGAUUUUGCCUAGAGUCUAAAUGCACUGAUCUGAAAUAAUUUGUACGAUUUUCAGUGUGAUACGGAUUGGAGGUUUGAUAUGAUGCGUGUACAUAAUCAGGGAUCAGUUGACUGUAAUGGUAUUUCCCUUUUUAAACAUUAAAGUUAUCUAAUUCUUUUUUUUAAAUCAGGGAUUUGUUUUUCAAAGAGAACAAUUUUUAAUUUGCAUUUAAGGAGGAACUUGUUCCUCUACUACUGACUUUGAGCUGUACUUGAUGUGAUUUGGUCUGAAUAAACAUUUUUUAAAAGAA